AGGCUUGAUCACCAUGUCGAUUAUCUCCUGGAAAUGAAUGUGAGGCACAUCUGGAUGGAAAGAGCAGAACCACAGAAAUAAGUUUCCAAUGGAUGUGAAUGCAUCUGACUGGUUGGUCCCAACUGUGGACGCAGAGCUGGACGCCUGCAGUAAUUACACUGAAGCCUGGCUGUGGCUGUCCUCCCUGCAGCCGGCCUACCUGGGUUUUAUCAGUGUUGUGGGCUUGGUGGGGAACGGCCUAGUUCUCUGUGUAUUCUACCUGCAGAGGAAGCCCUGCACCGUGGCAGAUGUCUACCUGGGGAACCUGGCAGCUGCUGAUCUCGUCAUGAUGACCUGCCUUCCAUUCUGGGCUGUCACCAUCGCUCGUGGAUACCAGUGGGACUUUGGAGAGGUCCUCUGUAAGCUAGUCAAUGUGGCCAUCUCUAUGAACUACAUCUGCAGUGUUCUGUUCCUCAUGCUGGUCAGCGUGGACCGAUAUCUGGCUCUGGUGAAGCCCAUGAGGACCAGCCGUCUGAGGAGAGCCGCCUGGGCCAAGCGUAUCUGCCUGGGGAUCUGGAGCCUGGGCUUCCUCAUCACUCUACCCACCCUGUUCUUCCGCACAUUGAUGUUUGUAGAGGAUCCCGGUGUGGAUGCCUGCAUUCUAGCCUACCCCCACCCAGCAUGGAGGUUGCACCACAACAUCACCAGGAACGUGUUUGGCUUCCUAAUCCCUGUCCUGGUGGUGGCUUACUGCACUUGUCACAUUGUGGUUGAGCUGAGUGACCGGGGAGUCCUCUGGUUCCCUGGGGUGAGGGCGGAGAGGAAGGCCACCUACUUGGUACUGGCCGUGCUGGCUGUCUUCCUCUUUUGCUGGACACCGCACCAGGCGAUGCUCUUUCUUGACACUCUGGAUUACUUCCAGGUCACACCUGGAUGCCUCUGGGGUCAUGUCCUGGACAUUGGCAUACAGCUGUCCACAUACCUGGCGUACAGCAACAGUGCUGUUAACCCCUUCCUGUUUGUCAUCGUGGGGAAGCAUUUCAGGAGACGGGCAAAAGAGGUGUUUGGAAAAACUUUGAACCCCUGGUCAAAAGACAUGUCCUACCUCACGGUGAGCUUCACCUCAAUUAAUAGACUCAAUGAAACACAACGUAUAAGUAUUGACCAUUUGAAAAAAUCUGGGCUAAAAGAAACUAUAUCAUGACCAGUGGCUGUAGUGACACCUGCAGUGAUUAAGUUUAUGGCUGCAAUUUCGGGCAGGAGAACAAGCUGUAAACACACUACUCACAUAUUUUGAAUUUAUAAAGUUGAUAUGGCAAACUAGUUUGUGAACAAUUGAUUAUUUAUAUAUGCAGCAGGCACAGAGCAGCAUUAGCAUUCAAUGUUGUUUUUGGUAUUGUGUCUCUGCUGUAUUUUGUUGAUGCAAUCCCCAUCCAUGGAACAACAGCUUUUGUACACUAAAGUUACAGUCUUCGAUCUCACUUAAACAUUUUAAAAGGUUGUACUUGUAUUUGCAAUCACACUUCUUAAUUAUGGAAAUGUGUAAUGUUUGUCUGUGAAUGAUCUCUCUGCCUAUGCUUGAAUUGUAUGUGUUAUUAUUUAUUUAUUUUUCUUGUACACAUCUCUCUUGA